AGUGACAGAGAUCAGAAAUUCAGAUAUUUCUAUUCAGAGAAGAAGAAAAAUUUCCUUCGAAAGAUGGGUCUGGGUUUUAUCGUUGGCGUCUUGGGAGUCCUAAUUCUCAGUCACGCCGCUUAUUCAACCAUUCAAUAUAGAGGAUUGUUAAAGAUUAUGGAGGAGGAAUUUUCCGGGCCUCCUACGAAUGUGGUGCUGGAAUUGAUUAUGGGGAUAGUUUCUUUACCAGAGAACUUAGACUUCAUGAUCUUCAAUCAUCGUGGGAAGCUCUUUCCUCCUAAAGUAGACUUGAAAUUGAAAUGCUGAUGACAUCUCCACAGAGUGAAAGGAUAUUUUUCAGGUUUUAAUUGAGGUGAAUGCUGCUAACACUGGGGGUUGCUAAACUUUGAAGGAUUGGCCAGCAUGUGGCAUGUUAAAUUUAUUUUGCUGUUCGCCACUUUUUAGUUGCUCAAGAUUGGUUUGUCUCCGUCUUCUCUUCCAUCUGCAAUUACUCGAGACUUUUUUUGCUGUAUGUUUGACCAUUAUUAAGGAGAUUUUCGUUAAUUAUGUCAAAAAAGCACCAGAUCUUGAAGAUUCAGGGCCGCUGUUUGGGACCUAAAUUGUCUGAGGUUGUUUUGUUCUUCCUUUCUAAUUUCUAGCAGUAAACGCAAAAGUGGCUUAAAUAUACAGCGGAUCACGUCAAUUUCUCUUUUGCAAAA